AUGGAUGUCACCGUCAGUCCGUGGAGCUACCGCGCCGCCUUGCAGGAACAGCUCGCUGCCUCCAACACUCCCGUCGCUUCACUUGCAAGAACAACAAAAACAACACCGCCGCACGGCGGGCGUGGGUACCGGCAGCACGGCGAGGGUGUUGUCAUUGAAAACAGCAGUCUUCUCGGGAAUUACAACGACCUUGCCGAGGCGGUGGCGUUUCCGCAGUCCGGCGGCGGCGGCGGCGGCGGCAGAUCCCGCUCGCUCGUGAUGGAUUUUAUCGAUGAGUGUGUGCGCAAAGGCGUGCCGGAGUCCGUUAUUGUCGAGCAUGUCAUGUUCAUGGUCCAUGCGAUGCAGGAGCAGAUCAACCUAACGGAGGCCUUGCACGCACGCUUUCACCAGGACCGUCUGCGACAGUACGAGAUGUCAGAAUUGACAAACACGCUGGAGCGACAACAAGUCUACUACGAUGAACAGCAACACAGCAGUCACAGGAAGAAAUCGCAGGAGUGUGAGGAGGCAAACAGGAAUUUGGUACAAAGCCAGGAUCGCGAGGAACAUGUACCGCCAUGGCGUCAGGUGCGGCUGAACGCGGGACUUGUGGUGGGCAGCAGUGCCGCGAGGGGGUGUCGUGGGUACCAUGCGUUAACGUCGAACAAUGAACGUCAUGCCCAUGUGGCGUUUACACAGACGCCGCUGGAGGAGAGCAGUGGGCAGCAACGGCACGGAAGAGGAGGAGGGUCUGGGGGUACUGCGGCAGCAACGUUUCAGCGAUUUAUGCGGCCGACAGAUGCCAGUAAUAGGAAAGAGCGACGAAAGUACGGAGCUGUUUUGGAGGACUUGCAUGCUCCUCCUCCUCCUCCACUACGAUCGGUGCGUGCGCAGAAAUUAACAGAGGCGGCCCGACAAGGGGCGCGGUGCCGGCGCCUGGCAAUUGACAAGUUUGCUCGACGUGGACGUCAGCGGCUUGUGGGCAAACUAGACAACGCUGCUGACAGUCGGUUGACGUGGUCGGAUGACGAUGACAACAACAAUAAUACGGUGCCCUCUCCAAAACACCAUGGCGAAGGACAAAGCCCCGGCCCUCGACUAGACACUCAGCAGCUGGCGAGAGAAGUUACACAGUCCGACACCGUGCUUUCUUCUCUGUCACCACCGCGUAGUGAGACUCUUCGCGCCCGCGAUGGAAUCCCUGCGACGAGGCUCUACGCUGUGGAUACAGAGGCUGAGAAGAGGGAGGAAGAAGUGGCGGGGGAUUUGAGCUUGUGGAAAGCGGGAGAAUUUCCUGUGACUGUCUCAGCAUUGGCGGCAGCCCCUCUGUUAUCCGUUCGAACCCCUUCAUUCUUCCCGAGUCCUCAGCUGCAAGCGUACAUUGAACAAAGCCGGCGCAAGGUGCGGGAGGUGGAGCGUGUAUUGGCGAGUACGCCAGAGCGCGGCACCACGCGGGGGGUUUGGUGA